AUGACUGUACCUAACAUGGCUGAAGCAAGGUGCUGCUUCAAACUCCUCUAUGCAAUUGUGCUGGUGCUUUUACUACACAUGAGCAGCCCUUGCAUUGGAUGUAGCGAGAGGGACAGGCAAGCACUCCUUGCACUCAAACAAGGCCUCGUGGGUGACGACGGCGAUCGCCUCCUUUCAUGGGGAAGAGAAGCCCAAAACAAAAAUUGUUGCCAAUGGGAAGGAGUCUACUGUAGCAGCAACCAAACUGACCAUGUUGUUAAGCUUGAUCUUGGAGACCAAUCUUUGCAAGGUAAGAUUAGUCCUGAACUCAUUCACUUGCAGCAUUUGGAGUAUUUGAACCUGAGUUACAAUAAUUUGAGUCGGAGCCAAAUUCCAGAUUUCAUUGGAUCUCUGAGCAAUUUAAGACACCUCGACCUCUCUUCUGCUAAUUUUGGAGGUCAAAUUCCAAACCAACUUGGAAACCUUACACAGUUGCAAUAUCUCGAUCUCAGCUCUCAUUAUUAUUCUGUUAUACGCCCUAGGAACUCUAUUCAUGCAAAAAACCUCAAUUGGCUCCCUAAUCUUUCAGGUCUGAAACACUUGGACCUAAGUUACACUAAUCUCAGUGAUGUUGUUGGUUGGCUGGAAGCAGUUAAUAUGCUUCCUAAACUAACAAAAUUGAUAUUAGUGAACUGUCUACUUCCUCCUCCAGUUAUAUCCUCUGUUUCGCUCAUGAAUUCUUCUAACUCUCUUGUUCAUGUCGAUCUCUCCUACAACAAUCUCAACUCUUCAAUCUUCCAAUGGUUGUCCGGUACUCAUACCAACCUUGUUUAUCUUGAUCUCUCUUGGAACAAUUUCAGAGGUUCCUCAAUUCCUGCAUCUUUUGGAAACAUGAGCUCUCUUGAAGAUCUUAUUCUCCAGGGUAGCAAACUUGAAGGAGGGAUCCCGAAUUCCUUUGCCAAGUUAUGUAGGCUGCGAGAGUUGGACCUUUGGGAUAAUAGUCUUAGUGGACAACUUUCAGACUUUGUUGAAAUAUUGUCCAAAUGCGCUCAAAAGACAUUGGAGAGUUUGUAUCUCUCUUAUAAUAAUGAUAUUUCGGGUUCAUUGCCUGAUCUUACGAACUUCUUGUCAUUGAAAGACUUGCGAAUCCGGAGCAAUAACUUAAGUGGAAGAAUACCUGAAAGUAUUGGACAGAUGUCCAAGCUGGAGACUAUUGAUUUGGGUUGGAAUUCUUUGGAAGGAGUGAUUUCAGAAACUCAUUUUUCAAAACUCUCCAAAUUAAGUGAUUUGAGUUUAUCAUCUAACUCACUACUUUUAAACUUCAGUUUUGAUUGGAUUCCACCCUUCCAAUUGCAAUACAUACAAUUGAAGUCUUGUAAGAUGUCGUCUUUCCCAAAAUGGCUUCAAACUCAAAAAAAUUAUACCUGGCUUGAUAUUUCUGAUGCUGGAAUUUCUGAUACCAUUCCAAGUUGGUUUUGGGAUUUGUCACAAAAAUUAGCGGUUAUGGAGAUCUCUCACAAUCAAAUGAGAGGAACAGUUGGAAAUAUUAUAUCGGAGGAGUUUGCACCACGCCUAAAUUUGAGUUGGAACCAAUUGGAGGGUCCAAUCCCUUCAAUUCUAUCAAAAGCUUCAAUUCUAGAUCUCUCCCAUAAUAACUUUUCAGGGGCAGCUUCUUUUUGCUUCCUUGAUUUGAGCAAUAACUACUUAUUUGGAAAAAUUCCCACCACGAUGGGGUACUUGUUCAAUAUCGAGACACUAAGACUAAGUAACAACAGAUUUGUGGGAGAGUUGCCUUCACAAUUGAAGAAUUGUAGAAAGUUGAUACUUUUUGAUCUUGGGGAAAAUAACUUAUCAUGCUCAAUACCUGAAUGGUUAGGAGAUAGUCUUCCAAAUUUGGGUAUCUUAAUCCUUCGAGGUAAUCAGUUCUAUAGAAGCAUCCCACCCCAAUUAUGCCAUCUGACACGCAUUCAAAUUUUGGAUUUGUCGAUGAACAACAUCUCUGGAACUAUACCCAAAUGUCUCAACAAUUUGAUUGUUUUGGCUCAGAAAGGAAAUUCAAGUCGAAUUAUCCAAGGUUCAUAUAUGUAUCAGUUGGGAGAAUUAUCUAUUUUUUGGAAUUAUGAGGAGGAAGCAUCUUUAACAUGGAAAGGGGUAAUGUCUAAAUACAAAAGUACUCUGGGACUUGUAAAGAGUAUUGAUCUCUCAAAUAAUAAGUUGACUGGGGAGAUUCCUAGUGAAAUCACUGAUCUUGUUGGUUUGAUUUCUUUAAACCUGUCAAGAAACCAAUUAACAGGUCAAAUACCUCCAAGGAUUGGAAUGUUGCAAGAGUUAGAUUCCCUUGAUUUAUCAAGAAACCAGAUUAAUGGUAGAAUUCCAAACAGUCUAUCUCAGAUACCUCGUAUUAGUUACUUGGACUUGUCAAAAAACGACUUGUCUGGAAAAAUUCCAAUAGGCACCCAGCUCCAAAGCUUUGGUCAAUCUUCUUAUGGUGGAAAUCCUCUACUUUGUGGACUGCCACUCCUAAGGACAUGUGAUGAGGGGGAAAAAGGUCCAGGACAAACUAUGUUGGUGAAUCAAGAAGUUAAAGAUGGGCUCAUAACGCAAGGAUUUUACAUCAGCUUGGGGCUUGGGUUUGCUAUUGGAUUUUGGGGAGUUUUUGGCCCUCUUCUAUUCAACAGGUCAUGCAGAUAUACAUACUUCAAUUUAUGGACUUGUUUCACAGAUUGGUUGUACGUGAAGGCAAAAUCAUCAGGCAAAGGAUGCCUAAUACUAGAUAAAUGGUAA